AUGUCUACGUGUAGGUUUAAUUCUAGGCUGCUUCCUCGCCCCAAUCAACUCAAGGCUCGGAUCAGAGGUGCAGGUGGCAAGGGGCAAGGUAAAGGCGCCGUAUCUGUCCACCUGAAUCCUAUCACUCAUUCACAGCGGCCCCUCCCUCACUCUCCCUCCUUCCUCUCUCUCCUCCCUUCCUCCCUCUCCCCCUUUUCCUCCCUCUCCCCUUUUUCUCCCUCUCCCACCUUCCCCCCUCCUCCUGGCCUCUUCUCCUCCUCGCAU